AGAAUAAAAGAGACAGGGAGAGGGGAGAACUUCUCAGAUUCUCUCCAGAGCACGAAGUGUUUCACUUGGUUGCUAAGAGCUGGUCUGAGAUAUCCGUUCAUCAUGAACACCUACAGCUUUAGGCAAUCCUCUUCUACCAUUGGUGGUGGAGGGUUUGGUGGUUCUUCCUCCUUCAGAACUCCAAGUAUCCAUGGGGGAUCUGGUGGCUAUGGCAUCUCUUUCUCUACUGCUAGGUUAGCCUCUUCAGGGCUUGGAGGAGGCCUAGGUAGUGGCUAUGGUGGUGGAAGUUUCAGCUUUGGGAGUGGCAGCUUUGGUGGAGCUGGUGGGGCUGGAGGGAACCUAACUGCCAGUGACGGCCUCCUUUCGGGAAAUGAAAAGAUGACGAUGCAGAAUUUGAAUGACCGCCUGGCAAACUACCUGGACAAAGUGCGUGCCCUGGAGGAGGCAAAUUCUGAGCUAGAGGUUAAAAUUCGAGAGUGGUACCAGAAGCAGGGACCAACUGCGACCCGUGAUUACAGCCCAUAUUACAAGACCAUUGAAGAUCUCCGGGAGAAGAUCCUGGAUGCAACAAUUGAAAAUAACAAAACGAUCCUGCAGAUUGAUAAUGCCAGGCUGGCUGCUGAUGACUUUAAAACCAAGUUUGAGACUGAGCAAGCCCUGCGCAUGAGUGUGGAAGCUGAUAUUAAUGGCUUACGCCGAGUGCUGGAUGAGCUGACCUUGUCUAGAACUGACCUGGAGAUGCAAACUGAAAGCUUGAAAGAAGAACUGGCUUACCUCAAGAAGAACCAUGAGGAGGAAAUGAGUGCUCUGUCUGGCCAACUUGGUGGCCAAGUGAGCGUGGAAGUUGAUUCUGCCCCAGGCAUUGACCUCACCAAGAUCCUGGGAGACAUGAGAGAUCAAUAUGAGCUUCUGGCUGAGAAGAACCGAAGGGAUGCAGAGGCAUGGUUUACAAGCAAGACUGAAGAAUUGACCAAAGAGGUGGCCAUCAAUUCUGAACAGCUGCAGACCAGUAAGACCGAAAUUACUGACUUGAGAAGGACCCUCCAAGGUUUGGAGAUAGAGCUGCAAUCCCAGCUUAGCAUGAAAUCUGCCCUGGAAGGCACCCUAGCAGACACAGAAGCUCGCUAUGGCGCCCAGCUCUGCCAAAUCCAAGGCCUGAUCAGCAACAUAGAAGCCCAGCUGGUUGAAGUCCGCAGUGACAUGGAGAGGCAGAACAACGAGUAUAAGAUGUUGAUGGACAUCAAAACCCAUCUGGAGCAAGAGAUUGGGACUUAUCGCCAGCUCUUGGAAGGCCAGGACUUCAGCUUUUCAGGUAAUGCCUCAGGAAUGUAUGACAUAGGUGGUAAGAAGCCUUGAAGAACCCCCUCUACGUUCUGCACAAAUACUCACUACACAGAUUUCGAUGGGUAGCUACCAUCAUCAAGAGAUGGAAAGUUGAUGUUUCACACAGCUGUAGUUCCUUAAGCACUUAUACUCGGUGGCUGGAGAUCAUGUAACAAUUUGACUUAGUUGUUCCUGUAUCUGCUUUUUUUUUGUGUUUGGGGGGUUUCUGGCUAAUAAAGUUCUUUCGGGUGUUGCAAAUUAUAAA